CAGAGUCGACAACAACAACAACAACAAUAAUUAUAAAAACAGAAGCCACAUAGCUAAAGCGACAAGAAGUCCAGCCGAGUCAGCAGCGGCAGCGACGCCUCGCCUCCAUAAUAACAUUAUCAUCAACAUCAACAACAACAAGAACAGCAAGCAGCAAGAAGCAAGCAGCAAGCAGCAGCUGAAGCAGCGACACCGCUAAGAGAAAGAGUGGGCGUCGGCUGGCGUUGGCAAGGACAGCGGAACGUGGACGUUGGCGUUGACGUCUACGUCUCUGUCACCGUCACCGUCGCAUGGAUCGCGCCACAUUGGCGAAUCAAUUUCCGUUGCGGUGGCCGAUUCAGUUUUGGUUUCAACGUCGCUAGCGCCACGCGUGUCGCGAAUCCCUAAUGGCGCACCACCUCGCCGUCGGUGUCUGCCCAGCGCAUUAACGCUCAAGUUCAACAUAUUGACACCGAUGCCAAGUUCCCAAAGUUAAGCAAAGCAAAAAAUUAUAAUAAAUAAAAAGAAAAUAGAAAAACCAGGCACAACGGCCACAAGUGAGACCAAAAAGUUACAGGCCUUUGCCAUAAACCGUACGCGAGUGUUAAACCGGACGUGUCCGUAGUGAAAUUCAAGUUAAGUGCCAGCCAUGCAAAGCUUGCAGCUGGAGUUGGGCCAGCUGCCCGCGUUGCCUACUGCAGCGGCAACCACAACAAUGCGACACAGAACCAGCGCAACGAGGAUACGCAAAAGACACUGCCGGUGCAGCCAGCGACCAGUGUUCGAAUCAGAGCAGCAGUCAGGUACACAGUCUCAACGAGCAGCAGCACAACAACGCACCACAACAACGACAACUUCCAAUAGCAAUCUCAGCCUCAAUCUGACGCUGAUCAGCGCCACGGCGGCGGCUCUUCUGCACACAACGAAUGCGCUGUCGGCAACAGUUGCAGCUGCAGCGGCUACAGCAACAGGCGGAGGAGCUGGCGUUGUUGACGCCGUUGCACUGCCAGUGCAAGGCACUGCCACUCCCCUGCCCGCCACGCAUGAACUUAAUGCUACGCUGCUAAGCAGCACGGCUGCUGCGCUGUUCAAUGACAGUCGAGCUCAGCUGGAGGCGGGCGUUGAAGCUGGCGGAUUAGCCGAGGAUUGGUUUGACGAUGUGUUCUGGGUGCUUAAAGCAUUCGUCAUGCUGUUCAUCAUCAUAGCGGCCAUUGCUGGCAAUCUGCUUGUUAUUAUUUCUGUGAUGCGUGUUAGAAAAUUAAGAGUUAUAACGAAUUACUUUGUAGUUUCCUUAGCCAUGGCUGAUAUAAUGGUCGCUAUUAUGGCCAUGACAUUUAACUUUAGUGUGCAAGUAACUGGUCGCUGGAACUUUAGCCCCUUUCUGUGCGAUCUGUGGAACAGUUUGGAUGUGUACUUCUCAACAGCAAGCAUUUUGCAUUUAUGCUGCAUAUCUGUGGAUAGAUACUAUGCGAUUGUUAAGCCGCUCAAGUAUCCGAUUAGCAUGACGAAACGCGUGGUUUUCAUUAUGCUGUUGAACACAUGGAUAUCGCCGGCACUGCUUUCGUUUCUGCCCAUUUUCAUUGGCUGGUAUACGACGGAGGAGCACAAAGUAUAUGUGAUGGAGAAUCCCGAGCAGUGCUCGUUUGUGGUGAACAAGUACUAUGCCAUCAUCUCGAGCUCGAUUUCGUUCUGGAUACCCUGCACCAUCAUGAUUUUCACUUAUCUGGCCAUUUUUCGGGAGGCCAAUCGUCAGGAGAAGCAACUGAUGAUGCGGCACGGUAACGCCAUGCUGAUGCAUCGUCCAUCGAUGCAGCCAUCAGGCGAGGCGUUAAGUGGCUCGGGCUCAUCGAAAACGUUGACACUGCAUGAGGUCGAGCAAGAGCACACCCCCACAAAGGACAAACAUUUAAUCAAAAUGAAGCGGGAGCACAAAGCCGCCCGCACUUUGGGCAUCAUCAUGGGCACUUUUAUACUCUGCUGGCUGCCAUUUUUCCUGUGGUACACGCUAUCGAUGACCUGUGGGCCAUGUCAAGUGCCUGAAAUUGUGGUGUCGAUACUCUUCUGGAUUGGCUACUUCAACUCCACACUGAAUCCGCUCAUCUAUGCGUACUUCAAUCGUGAUUUCCGAGAAGCUUUCCGCAACACGCUGCUCUGCUUAUUCUGCAACUGGUGGAAGGAUCGCCACUUGCCCCUCGACAUUGACAUACGCCGCUCCAGUCUGCGCUACGAUCAGCGUGCGAAGAGUGUCUACUCGGAGAGCUAUCUAAACUCAAACACGCCCUCACAUCGCCGCCAGUCUCAGCUGGUCGACAACUUAUAAUACAGGGACGAGGCGCUGCUGACGCCCAUUGCUCAGCAGCAGCAGCGGCUGUCAGCGGGCGCCUGUGGCUCCGGAUUGGGCGCCAGAGCCGGGGGCCAAGCACCGGCCAGACCGAGCUUGGGUAACCUGUCUGCCGAAGAUGUGCAGGAAAUACAAAUCGAAAUACCCAUGGAGUAUAUCAACAAAUGGAAUAAAAACAACAACGCAUCCGCAGCGGCAACGGCAUCCAGUCAUGUGUAAAAGACUGAGAGAUCACUAGCCGAUGACAACGACAACAAUUCGGACAGUGGCAAUGACGCCUCAAUCGAACAAAUGCAAUUACAAUUUUCCAUUAAUUUUUAAAAUUAAUAUGCUGGUUGCAUUCACAUUGUACAUAUUUAAGUCAAAUUUACGGAAUUACCCGUGCACAUAGUGCACAUACAUAUAGUAUGAAUGUCUGUAGUCUGUUUACUCUUUCAACUUUAUACUUGACUUUCUGGGAGCACAGUAAACAGUUUAAACUUUAAACAGAAUGCAUGACAUAAUCUAUUAUUUAUUUUUAUUUUGUAACUCACUUUUUAUUAUUAAGUUUAAU